UUUUUUUCUACCACACACACAUCACACAAGCAGCGCGCACAUUUCGGUAAGGCACGCUCGACCCGCACGGAAGUUGUAUAAAUAAAUUUUAAGUUCGACACACGUUACAUUAAUGUGCUGUGCACCAGUCGAUUCGAGUUAAUACCGAAAUGGCAUUCAUGGAUAGUGUGAGUGUGAUUUGUGUCGCCCUUGUGGGUUUUCAGUUACUAAGAUUCCUCUAUCGACUCUUCUACAAUACCUUCGCGCCGGUGCUGGGAAUCAAUAGUGUCAAUUUUAAACAGACUGGAAAAUGGGCCGUGAUUACCGGCGCAACGGAUGGCGUGGGCAAGGCGUACGCCGAAGCUUUAGCAAAGAAAGGAAUGGAUAUUGUGCUGAUAAGCCGGACACAGACGAAACUGGAUGAUGUCGCCAAAGAUAUAGUUGAAAAAUACAAAGUAAACAUCAAAACCAUUGCUGUGGACUUCACCGAAGGUGAAUCUAUCUACAACCUCAUCGACAAGAACCUCCAAGGUCUGGAAAUUGGAGUUCUGGUGAAUAAUGUGGGCAUGAGUUACCCGCAUCCCGAAUAUUUCCUUCAACAGAAAGACGAGAAUCUGUACAAGAAUAUUAUCAACUGUAAUGUUCUCUCAGUGACUUAUAUGUGCAAAAUUGUCAUGCCCGGCAUGGUGGAGCGCAAACGAGGUGUCAUCAUCAAUAUCUCCUCAGCAGCUGCGGUUAUUCCCAAUCCACUACUCACAGUCUACGCGGCAACAAAGUCAUACGUUGAUAAUUUCUCCUAUAAUCUCCGCAUGGAAUACGCUAAUCAAGGAAUUAUUAUUCAGAGCAUCUUACCUGGUUACGUAGCUACCAACAUGAGCAAGAUCCGAAGGUCCACGUGGAUGGCACCAUCUCCUAAGACCUUUGUUGCUGAAGCACUCACCUCUGUUGGAGUACAAGAUCACACAACUGGAUACUAUGCACACACUUUGAUGAAUAGUGUUAUUCACAGUUUAGAAUAUGUUGCACCAAACAUGUGUCAUAAGUUUGUAAAGGGGACGCUGGAGAAUAUCCGGAAACGUGCGUUGAAACGUACGAAUUAACAUGGCCGUCAAUUUCAUAGGUUAACUGGGUGUACAAGCAGAUUUCGUGGGCUUUGAAAGAAAUAAAAGCUUUAAGUUAUUUUCGAAACAA